AGACCAACCAACCAUCGACACACACCUCACUCCUCCCUCCUCUCCUCUCUCAGUCUCUCCUCGAGGUAGUAGUGCCAGGAGGCAGGAGCUGCGUGCCAUGUGGGCAUCGCCAGCGGGGAGGCUGCCGGCGACGGAGGAGUGCGAGGACGAGGAGGCGGACGUGAACACCGGGAAGAUGGCGUCGUGCUGGGGCCGCUUCGGCAUCGCCGCGCUGUGGGGCAGGCUCCGGCAGCUCAGCCUGGCGCGCCGGAGGGCGCGGCACGGCCGCUCCAUCCUCGGCGCCGGCGGGCUCAACUACGACCCGCUCAGCUACGCGCAGAACUUCGAGGACAGCAGCCUCGAGCUCGAGCACCACGAGCCGGACUUCUCCGCCAGGUUCGCGCCCGCCCGCAGCGCCAGGCGGGCAUUCUGAUCAGUGACGACGCGCGGCGUGCUCCUUGUCCUCGGCGCCGCCGUGGCAUGGCCUGGUGAUGGAUGGUACCUAUGUAUACGGCGAAUUAUGUACAGAAAUGUUCGAUGCCAGUAGUCUUGGUGUGGCAGUAGUCUACGUGCUCCUCUUUCUCUUUGGGCGAUAAAGUAUAGUUUUACUGAUUUUCGAAAGCAUAUACUGUACUAUACAUUUCUUGAUUGUU